AUGCGUGCUCUGGUCGUGUUGCCUCUGCUGUUGUGUGCAGCAGUGUGUGUGGAUCAGGUGAGAUCAGGAGAGGUGAACGCUGUCAAGCUGUGCGGUCGAGAGUUCCUGAGGGCUGUCGUCUACACCUGUGGAGGCUCCCGCUGGAGGAGAUUCCUCACUGAGUCAGACAUGGACGGUCUGCCCACAGGGGAACAGAGCAGUUUGGAGAGUCUGAGCAGCAGCAGAAGCAGCUUGGGCUCCAGAUUGACCCGACGAGACAUGAAUAACCUACUGACCACCGUGUGCUGCCAGGUGGGCUGCAGGAAGAGCGACCUCACCUUCCUCUGUUGAGGAUGACCCCUCUCUUUUAUCCUUUAAUUCUCCAAAUGACCAAAAUGACUCUGUUUCCUCCCAUUUUGCCUAAUUAGAAACCAAAUCUGAAUCAGAACGCUUUAAGACAGUAUGAUCGCUGUGUGCACUAUAAUGGUCAUAUCCCUCACUGCUAUUU